AACAAUAUAGGGAGAAGGAAAAUUUUCAGAGAGAAGGAGAAUGAGUAGUGGGACAGGGAAGGUGGUAUGUGUAACGGGAGCGUCCGGAUAUAUAGCGUCAUGGCUGGUGAAGCUCUUGCUUCAACGCGGCUACACUGUCAAAGCCUCAGUUCGUGACCCAAAUGAUCCAAAUAAGACAGAACACUUACUUGGGCUAGAUGGAGCUAAGGAAAGACUUCAUUUGUUCAAAGCAGACUUACUGGAAGAAGGAUCUUUUGAUUCUGUGGUUGAUGGAUGUGAAGGAGUUUUUCAUACAGCAUCACCCUUUUAUUUCAGUGUCACCGAUCCACAGGCACAGUUAGUUGACCCAGCAUUGAAAGGAACACUUAACGUUCUCAGAUCUUGUGCUAAAGUUUUAUCUGUUAAGAGAGUGGUUAUAACGUCCUCAAUGGCAGCGGUUGCAUACAAUGGGAAACCUCUUGCUCCUGAUGUUACAGUUGAUGAGGCUUGGUUUUCAGAUCCUGCUUUAUGUGAGAGGUCAAAGCUUUGGUAUAUGCUUUCAAAGACCUUAGCAGAGGAGGCUGCUUGGAAAUUUGGAAAAGAAAAUGGAAUUGAUAUUGUAGCUGUAAAUCCAGGGUUGGUGCUUGGUCCUCUAUUACAGCCGAGUCUUAAUACAAGUGUGGAGCCAGUUGCGAAGCUUGUAAAUGGCGCUGAAACAUUUCCAAAUGCAAUAUACAGAUGGGUUGAUGUUAGAGAUGUUGCUAAUGCACAUAUACUAGCCUUUGAAAACCCAUCAGCUAGUGGGAGAUAUUGUUUAGUUGCAGAAGUUGUUCAUUGUUCUGAAGUUUUGAAGCUUUUGCACAAGCUCUUUCCUGAUCUGAAGCUUCCUGAAAAAUGUGCAGAUGACAAGCCUUUUCCAACAACCUACAAAGUGUCUAAGGAGAGAGCACAAAGUUUAGGCCUUAGCUUCACUUCUGUGGAGGUGAGUUUGAAGGAUACUGUUGAGAGCUUGAAGGAGAAGAACUUCUUGAGUGUCUGAUUCAUUGUAUUAUUUGGCAACUCUGGAAAACAGUUGAGAAUAAGCUUUUCCUGCCCCCCAAUUCUAUUAUUCUGGAGGGCUAGUAUUCUUGAGGACUUGCGUUGUAAUAUUUGGCUGUAAGCGUUGCGUAAUGAUGGUAAGCACGAGGGACUUCCGCGCUUUUGCGUUUCAAA